UCCUGAUGACCCCCAACUCCCUGAGCACGUGCUGCGAAUCCGGUGGCCGCACGCUGGCCGACUCCGGGCCUGCCGCCUCGGCCCAGGCACCAGUGUACUGCCCGGUCUAUGAGAGCCGGCUGCUGGCAACCGCGCGCCAUGAGCUCAACUCGGCCGCGGCGCUGGGCGUCUAUGGGGGCCCCUAUGGCGGCUCGCAGGGCUACGGCAACUACGUGACCUACGGAUCCGAGGCCUCCGCCUUCUACUCGCUGAACAGCUUCGACUCCAAGGACGCGCCAGGAUCUGCGCAUGCGGGCCUCGCGCCCGCCGCCGCCGCGCCGGCAGCCGCCGCCUACUACCCCUACGAGCCGGCGCUGGGCCAGUACGCUUAUGACAGGUACGGCACCAUGGACAGCGGCACACGGCGCAAAGAACGCCACGCGGAGACCACCAGCACGCUCAAGGCCUGGCUGCAGGAGCACCGCAAGAACCCCUACCCCACCAAGGGCGAGAAGAUCAUGCUGGGCAUCAUCACAAAGAUGACCCUCACGCAGGGCUCCCCCUGGUUCGCCAACGCGACGCCCCAGGACUCCCCUGCGGUGGGCGCCACCAAGGAGCUGCUGGCCCUGCCCAAAGCUGGUGGGAAGCCCUUCUGCGCUUAA